AUGUCCUCUGUUAAAGAAUUUGCUUACAAAGAAAAACCAGACACCUUAGUUCUUUUCGACGUCGAUGGUACUUUGACCCCUGCUCGUUUGACUGUUUCUGAUGAAGUUAGAGAAACCUUAAUCAAAUUAAGAAAGAAGGUCUGUAUUGGUUUUGUCGGUGGUUCCGAUUUAAGCAAACAAUUGGAACAAUUGGGUCCAAACGUCUUGGAUGAAUUCGAUUACUGUUUCUCCGAAAAUGGUUUGACUGCUUACAGGUUAGGUCAACAAUUAGCUUCUCAAUCUUUCAUCAAUUGGAUUGGUGAAGAAAAAUACAACAAAUUGGCUGUUUUCAUCUUGAAAUAUUUAUCCAACAUUGAAUUGCCAGUUAGAAGAGGUACUUUCUUAGAAUUCAGAAAUGGUAUGAUCAAUGUUUCCCCAAUUGGUAGAAACGCUUCUACUCAAGAAAGAAACGACUUCGAAAAAUACGAUAAGGUCCAUCAAAUCAGAGCUAAGUUCGUCGAAGCUUUGAAGAAGGAAUUCCCAGAUAUCAACUUGACUUACUCCAUCGGUGGUCAAAUCUCCUUCGAUGUCUUCCCAACCGGUUGGGAUAAGACCUACUGUUUACAACACGUCGAAAAGGAUGGCUUCAAAGAAAUCCACUUCUUUGGUGACAAAACCGCCAAGGGUGGUAACGAUUGGGAAAUCUACGAAGACAAGAGAACCAUCGGUCACGCUGUCACCAGUCCAGAUGACACUGUUAAAAUCUUGAACGAAAUCUUCAACUUGUAA